UUUUUUUGUCUGCCUUUUCCUUUCUCGAGCAUGUUGAAACCAACCGCACAUCUGCGAGGCGAGAAGGCUUCUUAAUUUAGAACAAUUCACCUCACACCGUAUCGCUCCACAACCCCAUAUAAUUCGAUGAAUUUAUACAACGUAAGUAGUACGAAUGUGUGCGGUCAUUCUGUAUGCAGCAAACACCCGAAACCUUGGCCAUCAAUCACGUGAAUCUCUGAAUCGUGGGCAUUGGCUUACCUAAUAUCGAGGGGGAUCAUCAAGCAAACAAGAGAAACAAACAACUUGAAUCCGGGGUACUAGAUAUCAGGACUGUCAACAAGAAUUGAUUUCCACCUCGACGUUUCAGAUUCGGCGCUGGACCUCCACCGCCCAUACUGACUCCCGUCCAUGGCCCAUCCUAAUGACGACUCCGCUAUCCCUGCGCACAUUCCUGCCUUCGCAAAACCGCUUGCUCCUUACAUCAAAAGUCGCCAGGAAGCCCUACGCAUCCGACAAGUCCUAACCUCCUACCUCCGGUCACAAAUUACGUUUGCCGAUGAUAACCCAGAUCAUCCAAAUAUCCAUGCCCGAUCUCAUCUCUCGUUAUGCGUACCUCAAGAUGCUGUUGUCGAUGUCAAGCGUAUCCCGUCAGAAUUGACGGGAUUAAGAAAGGAAUACCUCCAAGCAUUACAGGCAAAUGUGAAUGCAAGGAAGGAGUACCGUUCGGUGUCUGAGAGGUAUACUUCCAGAAUGCCCCAGAGUCAACCUAAUGGUGGCGUCGACACACAUCCCGUUGAUCCCAACUCAGAACUCCAAGCCUAUCUUGAACUGCUCCGCAACCGUCGCCAACAUGCGAAGCUCCAAGUUUUUCAGCAUUAUCUGGAAGAGCUUAAAAAACGAGAUAUAAUGAAACCGGAGGACUUCGAUAGGGUAGGAUGUCGCAGCCAACAGCCUGCCCUGCCGCCAGAUUUGGAAGAAGGUCAAAAUGGAUGCACCCCCGAGGAUGGAAUCGAAGGCUUGAUGCAUAAUCUUGAAAGGGCUGUGGUACGCGCGAGGAACCAGCUAGAGAGAGAAAAGAGACUACUUGAAGAGCUGAAGGCGCAGCACGAGACCGAGGUUGGUUCUGACAACGAUGGGAUUGCCUCUGGCGCGAAGGCCACUGCACUACAGCGAACCCGAGAUGUCUUGGUACAAUGGGUCGAGGAAAAGCUGGUGAGUGUUGGGAAUAAUGAGGAUGAUCUUGUGCAGGAAUUGCCUCCCGAGGAAAUCGAGAAGUCGGCUCGUUUGCUGGAAGACCAGAAAGCACAGAUCGCAGAACAGUAUGCCGCCUACGUUGAUGCUCGCAAGCGUCUUCUUGAUGCAGCCUCUAGGGCGUGCCAACCCAUCGGUACCAGCUCUGUGAAACCUGAAAGUCGCCCUACAGAGAAACGAAAAUCUACUUCCGAGGAAACGCCCACCUUAGAGCCAGUGGAUGUCCUAUCUUUCGCCGAUGAACAACUCCUCCCACUUUCAAAAUGCCAACGGGCACUAGCUCUACAGAAGUUCCAGCUGACUGGAAUUCUCGCAAAAGAAAAAUCCACGACUCUGCGCAUCCUGAAUCGGCUGAGUGAUGAAAGUCGCCUUCUUCCGGAAUACCCAAUGCUUGCUCGACAACCACGAUUUAAACAUGCGGCUGCGGCUAUAAACGCCCGUCAUGCUGGUACGCCAGUGGAGCCAGUUAAACCAGAUGAGGUUAUUGCACUAGCUGAAGCAUGGGCCUUUGCAUCGGAAGCGGCAGGGACGAGUGAGCGGGAAAAUGUAGAACGCAGCCUGGAAGAAGGUAUCGAAACCGCCCAAGAAGCGGAGCAGGUGUUGCAAGAAGUCUAUGAUAUAGUGAACCAGGAUCUAGAGGAGGCGUUGCGGAACAAGGUGGAUGAAGAUGAGGUAGAGUCACCCAGGUCGCGCGCGAGACCAAGGGCUAAAGGACCAUGGAUUAAGCUUGAUGGACAAAUAGGAGUUACGGACCGAUAGAGCCAUUAGAUGGAAUAACCUAAGCUAGUCACAACCCUGAACUAAGA